UUACUUCAGUCUUCGCGUAGCUGUUGUGAUGAGUGUUUAGUGCAAGGGUUCUGCGGGUUUUCGUGCAAACGUAACUUUGCUCAAGUGUUUCUCAUUAAACAAUUUUGCUCAACAUUUUAUAUUCACCAUUUUAUCAGUUUUGUAUUAAAAGUUUUGCUGUGCGAACCAAUAACAAUUACAAUCCGUUAUGUCCGGGCAUGUUCUAUCUCGUACCAACAGUGUUCAAUACAGUUAGCUAGUCAAUCCUCUCGUUAUCAGUUCAUCAUAUUUUGCUAAUACUAUUUUAAUUUAGGAGAGACUAUUUUUGCGGAUAUACUAUAAUUCGAAAGUGAUGGCAACUUGUGUGGUUUGUGGGUGAAAAAGUGCGCGAACUGUAUUGAUACAAGUUUGUGUAGAAACAAAUAUCAGUGAUGUACACGUACGCAGCGGCGGCGGCAGCGGGGGUGGGGUCCCAUUAUCAGCCCGCCCCUCCCACCUACCUGCCGCCCCAUCACCAGCUCGCCGCCCCCGGCUUGGGGCCCGUCCCGCCUCCGAUGCCGCCUCUCUCGCCCCAUAGUAAACGGCGCAGAUCAGAUGAGGACGACCCUAGCGGCAGCAAAUAUCCUCGAAUGGAGGAGGACAGCUUGCAGGACAAGGAGCGCUUUGCCAGAACCAACUGUAGGGAGAACCACUGCGAAAUCGAGCGGCGGCGGCGCAACAAGAUGACGGCGUACAUCACGGAGCUGUCGGAUAUGGUGCCCACCUGCAGUGCGCUGGCUCGCAAGCCCGACAAGCUCACCAUCCUGCGCAUGGCGGUCGCGCACAUGAAGGCGCUCAGGGGUACAGGUAACACUAGCACGGACGGCACAUACAAGCCCUCAUUCCUGACAGACCAGGAGCUGAAGCAUUUGAUCCUGGAGGCUGCUGACGGCUUCUUGUUUGUGGUCACCUGUGACACUGGCCGCAUCAUCUAUGUGUCUGACAGUGUCAGUCCCGUCCUCAAUCAGUCACAGAGUGAUUGGUUCGGCUCCUGUAUAUUUGAGCACCUACACCCAGAGGAUGUAGAAAAAGUGCGGGAACAAUUAAGCACUCAGGAACCGCAGAAUUCUGGUCGCAUCCUGGACCUCAAGACAGGCACUGUCAAGAAGGAGGGUCACCAGUCGUCGAUGCGUCUAUGCAUGGGCUCCCGCAGAGGGUUCAUCUGCCGGAUGAAAGUGGGUGCACUGGGCGCAGACAACAUGGCGGCGGGACACCUGAACCGGCUGAAGCAGCGUAACAGCCUGGGUCCAUCACGAGACAGCCACAACUACGCUGUCGUCCACUGCACAGGCUACAUCAAGAACUGGCCUCCCACUGGUCAGUUUGACACGCACGCCCUCUCCGGGGUUCAGAUGGAGAGAGGUGUGGAGGAAGAUGGCACACAUUGCUGUCUGGUGGCCAUCGGGCGUCUACAAGUCACCUCCACUCCCAACACCAGUGACUUGUCUGGCUCUAACAGUAAUGCAGAAUUCAUAUCUCGUCACUCUAUGGAGGGCAAGUUCACGUUUGUGGAUCAACGAGUGAUUGGGCUGCUAGGGUACACGCCACCAGAACUGCUAGGCAAAUCCUGUUUUGAGUUCUUUCACCCAGAAGACCAAACUCAUAUGAAGGAGAGCUUUGAGCAAGUCCUAAAGUUGAAGGGGCAAGUGAUGUCUGUGAUGUACCGCUUCAGGGCGAAAAGUCGAGAAUGGGUCUGGCUGCGUACUUCUGCUUUCGCCUUCCUCAACCCGUACCAUGACGAGAUAGAAUAUAUUGUGUGCACCAACACUACUGCCAAGUCACUACACUCUGCUGGGGACCCAUCUGGAGAAGCUGAACAGAUCCCCUACCAGCCUGGCAUCGAUUACAGUCUUCAGCGCAGAGAUGUUUACUCUCACAUCCCACAGCAUAUACACGGUAAUUGUAACCAGGGAGGGCGGCCAGGAAGCAACCAGAAUGUGUACAGCAGCUACGAGGCAACAGCUAGCCCCAUCAGCUAUAACUCACCGGGCCAGGGCUCAGUGCUAAGUCGUAUCUCCAAGACCACAACCAGCCCACCUACAACUCAGUCUGCCUGGACCACCCUGCGACAGCAGCCAGUAACUGAGGGAUACCAGUACAGCCAGCUGAGCCCAUCUCAGAGCCCCACAGGGCCGACAUACACUCAGCUCAGUGGUGGAGCCCGUGGAGCCGCACCCGCACCAUACCACACUGCUCCCGCUCCCCCUACUCCAGGUAUGUGGUCGUGGCAAGGUGCCAACCAGACAUCAGAGUCUGGACCAGGUUCUAGUGGGUCGGGGGGCGGUGGGCCCAACUCAGCAGGUCCGCCAGGUAACCCGCCUCAGCCCCACGAGUUGUCUGAUAUGAUGAUGCAGAUGUUGGACCAGGGUGCCGCCACUUCCUUCGAGGAUCUCAACAUGUUCAACACUUCCUUUGAGUGAACCAUGCCACUUUAGCACUUUGACUUGUACAGUUUAGACUUUUCUCCAAUUUGAAUGUUGCAAUGUUCGCACGCUGUGAAACGUUUCUCAUAUCAGAAGCAUGUUGAACGAGGACGCGUUUUGAUACCGAACGUAUCAAGUGGCGGGAAUACCAGUGAUACGACUGUCGUUUUUUGAUACUUUAUUAGUUGCUGUUCUAGUGUAAUUCUAGCGUAUAGGACGACCUUGUCUGUCACCGUCUACAGUUAAUGUUAAUUUUAGUUUUCUAUUAAGAUGAUAUUUUGUAAAUCUGUUGUCAGUGUGUGAGCUAUAAUUUUGUAUAAUAACUGUCAUCCAGCAAGUAAGUAGGUUUAGGAAUAGAGUUAUUUUUCGAUUUGUCAGUGCCAGCGUUAUUUAUCGACUCGCCUAUAUCGCACAAUAUUGGCUUGUAGCUGAACCUAGAUAAAUAUUUAUGUAGUAACCUUUCAGAUGUUAAAAGAACAGUCACAAAAAUUUAUGUUUUCAAAUCGCAAUAAUAUUUUUUGGUAAUUGUAAGAAAUCAAGAAUACUGAAGAUACAUAACAAUCAGUUGUUAAAACUUAACAAUUUUAGAUGAUCACUGUAAAUUUGUUUGCAUUGUGUAUUUUAUUAUUUAUAUUUUUGUACCAAUAUUUUGGCUUUAGUAUCAGUUAGUUGCUAUGUGAUUUUGGCUAGUGGCUUACAAUUUUGCAGAUUUGAGAAUACUAAAUGAGUUUUAAACAUUUCUUUACAGAGCUAUCUAUGGUGCAUUUUGGAUUUUUAUCAAGAGAGUUAAUUUUAGAAGUAAACGUAAAUAUUAGGUAUGUAUUGAUAAAAUACCUAUUUAAUGUAUUGGUUUUCUUGUGAAAAAAUCUACUGUGAUUUUAUCACAAAUUGAAUGCACAGAAAACUCAUUUAACUAGAGUAACUGACUGUUUCCAUAGCAUUUUCAAUAUUGUUGUCAAAUUGCAAUAUUAUUUUAGUUUGGCUUUUAUGCAUAGAACAAAAUAAAAUUUGAUUGGUGCUUGAAAUGAUGUAAUAUCUGUGAUCUAUACAGUGAAAUUUAGUUUGGAAAAUGUAUGUAUUAAAAUUUACAUCUUAACUCUACACUGUGUUAUGCCAGUUCAGAAUUGUUAUUUUUCAGUAUGCAAUAUCUAAGUGGUAUUUUAUAGUACGAAGUAAAGUAUUAUAUUUUGUAAAUUUUAAAUUAUUCGUACAGCUUUUAAAAUCACAGUAUGUUGGGAAUCCUGUAAUUUAUUUUGUUUAAGUUAACAAAUCUAAAAAAAAUCUUAAAGGAGAAUAAAUUUCCUUUACUAUUUUGACCUUCUGAUGUCAUUAUAGGUCCAUAAUUAGUUGCAACAUUGUUGUGCGAUUGGGUUCAUUGUAAAAUGUCUUAUUUAUGUAUAAUGUAUUGUAACUGAUGGUUUUAUUUUUCAUACAGUUUAAUUGUGAAUAUGUA